AUGAAAACCAUUUGUUGGAAUUCCUGUGGGCUUGGGAACCCAUCGGGAAUUCGUGCAUUACGCGAUUUAAUCGCACGAGAAGGGCCCGACUUGCUAUUCUUGCAAGAAACGAAGCUGUUAACAAAAGGUAUGGAUACUCUUAAACGUAAACUGGGUUUUGUGAAUUGUUUUUCUGUUGAUUCUGAGGGGCGGAGUGGGGGAUUGGGUUUGUUGUGGAAUUCGGAUUUACGGGUAGAACUUAGGUCUUUUUCAAAAUACCACAUUGAUGUUCAUAUUAAAAUGGAUGAUUUAAUGGUGUGGAGGUUUACGGGUUUAUAUGGACAUCCAGAUGCUUUGCGUAGAACAUUUACAUGGAACCUUAUUAGAACUCUUAGUUCUAUUGAGCAAAUUCCAUGGUUAGUGGGGGGAGAUCUUAAUGAAGUGUUACACCCACAUGAAAAAAGAGGUGGAAGGGAUAGACCCGUAUCUCAAAUUGAGGCUUUCCGAGAGGUGUUAACCGAAUGUGAAUUGAGGGAUUUGGGGUAUAAAGGGCAAAGAUUCACUUGGUGGAAUGGAAGGGGUGGAAAUGCUUAUAUAUUUGAGCGUUUGGAUAGGUUUGUGGGUAAUGAUUUGUUGACACAUUUAUUUCCACAUCUGGUGGUUCAGCAUGGAAAUGUUGCACAUUCGGAUCAUAUACCAAUUUUAUUUGAGUCUUCUAAUUUCCAGCCUAUGCCGAGGAGACCUAAACAAUUUCGUUUCGAAGCUAUGUGGGUGGGUGAGGAGCAAUGUGAAAGAAUUAUUGAACAAGUGUGGAGUGAGAGAGGAGGCAACCGGGGUAUGGAAGAAUUGCUUAAUCUUAUUCAAGGUUGUGGCCAGCAGCUUAAGAUAUGGAAUAGACACUCCUUUGGGUUGGUAAAGAAGAAGCUGAAUGAAGCUAGAGCAGAGUUUGAAAAGGCACAAUUUAGUCAUUCUCAUGACCCGAAUCCUGAAGGGCUUAGUCAAGCUAGAAAUGAAGUCCAAUUGUGGCUUGAAAGGGAAGAGGUGAUGUGGCGCCAAAGAUCAAGAAUACAGUGGAAGAGGAAUGCUAUACAAGGUCUCAAAGAUGAUCAAGGACAUCUCACUGAAGGUGCACAAAGGGAUAAACUGAUUGUUGAUUUUUUUGAAGACCUUUUCACUUCUACUACACAGGGUGAUCAAGAAGAAGUAUUAAGCUUUGUUGAUAGCAGAGUUACACCAGAUAUGAAUGUUGAACUUUCCAAGCCCUUUGUUGCAAAUGAAGUCAAGAUAGCUUUGGAUCAAAUGCAACCAACAAAGGCACCGGGACCUGAUGGAAUGUCUGCUCUGUUUUUUCAGACUUAUUGGCAUAUAGUAGGAGAUUUAGUCACAACGGCAGUUUUGGAUUCUCUCAAUUCAGGUACCAUACCAUCUCAAUUAAAUCGCACACUCAUUUGUUUAAUUCUGAAGAAGAAAAUUUUUGAAUUUGUCUCUGAUUAUCGCCCCAUUAGCUUGUGUAAUGUUGUCUACAAGCUUGCUUCUAAGGUCAUUGUUAAUAGAUUGAAAGGUUUUUUACCUGCCAUUAUUUCUGAGUCUCAAUGUGCUUUUGUGGGGGGAAGGCUGAUUAGUGAUAAUGUGUUGAUAGCUUAUGAGUUGGUAAAUUACCUUCGGAAUAAACGCCAUGGCAAGAAGGGGUAUAUGUCCAUUAAAUUAGAUAUGAGUAAGGAGUAUGACAGAGUUGAAUGGGAUUUUUUAGAGAAAAUCAUGCUCAAGCUAGGCUUUGCUCCCAGUUUUGUUAACCUUAUUAUGGAGUGUAUUAAAACUGUAACUUUUUUAGUUUUAAUAAAUGGACAUGCUCAUGGAAAUAUUUCACCUACAAGGGGUAUUAGGCAAGGGGAUCCACUAUCCCCUUACCUUUUUCUCUUUUGUACGGAAGGGUUAAUAGCUUUAUUGAAAGUUGCUGAGGCUCAAAGGAAUCUGUAG